AUGACAUGCUCACACUUGAGCCAAGCCCAGAGGAUCGAGCAAGAGAUCCAGCUCAAGCAUUGCGAUGUCUUCCUUUGCAACCAUCUGAUAGCAAUGUAUGGGCGCUGUGGGAGCGCCAGGAACGCGAGGAGGAUAUUCGACUCCAUGGGCGCGCGCGAUUCCUUCUCCUGGGACUUUAUGUUCGUCGCCUACGUCUCAAACGACUGCUACCACGACACCGCCGAAUUCUUCCACCGGAUGCCGCUCCUGAAUCUCAUAUCCGCCACCGCGAUGCUCUGCGCGCACGCACAGCACGGCGAUCUCGACGCCGCGAAGACGGUGUUUGAUCAGAUGGAGGACCGGAGCUUGAUCACCUGGAACGCAAUGACGUGCGCUUUUGCCAAGGCGAGGCAUCUGGAGGAAACGGAAGCGCUGUUCUUGGCGAUGCCGAUGCGAAGUUUGAUCUCCUGGACAGCAUUGUUACAAGCGUGCGAAAAAUCUGGCAUCUGCGAGAUGGCGAAGGAGGUUUUCACUUCCAUGCCCGAGUGGGACUUGAUCUCCUCGACGGCAAUCCUUAGUGCCCUUGCCCAGAGCGGGGAUUUGGAGAUCUCUAAGGCGAUCUAUGAUUCAUCACACGAACACGAUUUAGCACUACAAAAUGCAAUGCUUGUUGCGUACUCGCGAAACGGUCAAAUAGAAUCUUCGAAGCACAUCUUUAAUUCGAUGGAGUUUCACGAUCUUGUCUCCUGGAACUCCAUGAUCUCGGCAUUUGCCCAAACGGGGCAUCUAGAAGAGGUAAGCUCGUUCUUCGCGGCGAUGCCUGCCCGGGAUCUCUUCUCUUGGAGCGCGAUGCUCGUGGCGCUUGCCAUGGCUGGACACACCCGAUCGAUGAAUGAGCUCUUCUCCGCAAUGCCGGGCCAAAAGGAUGAAAUCGCGUGGAACACCGCGCUGGCAGCAAAUGCCCAGAGUGGAGAUUCCAAAAGAGUGCUCCAGAUUUUCGAUGGGAUGAAGCUCAUGGCGGAGGUUCUUCCCGACGCUGGAUGCUUCGUGUCUGUUCUCGCGGCGCUGGCCCGGGACGGCAGAUUCUCGGCGGCGCGGCAUUGCUUCGCGUCCAUGAGCACGGAUUUUGGAAUCACACCUUGGAGGAGCCACUACUGCUGUGUGAUCGAUGCGCUGUGCCGAGGAGGACGCGCGCGCGAUGCCGCCGAGCUCAUUGCCAGUAUGCCCUUUGCUGCUGGGAGCUUGGAAUGGAGGAUCUUCCUCGCUACCACUGGAUCCCAAAGAGAUUUCUUCGUCCAGAGCCUGGUAGCUGCCAAUGCCGCCGCUGGAUCACGACGAGAGAACCCUAGAUCUCAACCAUGGAGUGAAUGGGACUCCGGAGAUCGAUUGCUACAAUUGCAGCCAAAAUCGAGCUUCAGGAACCGGAUCCCCAGCUAG